UUUUAUGACGCUAAAACUUUCUGUUAUACUCUCUGCACAAUGUGCUCGCGCUUUGUCGGAAGAACGAACUCCAAACUGGAGAAGCGGAAUGAGUUUUCACGGUGUUCAUGUUGCAUGGUGCUCGUUGAGAAGAAGAAAUAAAAUGACACCCGUUUGAAACUCUCUGCGUCUUGAUAUCCGAGGGGCCGCUACAGUGAAAACUCAUUGCUGCACCAGCCCUGCCAUCCCUGAACGUACUCCGAACUGUGAUGGUGUGUUGAGAUAGAGAGCAUGGUAGCUGAUGGUGUAAACUCCUUGAAUUAGCGCCCUUGGAGAAGCGGAAUGAGGUUUUUCCAGCUAUGAAGGACAGACUAAGCGAACUUCAGGCAAUCUCCGCCUCCAGAAGUGAUGUAGACAUCAGGAAAAGUGCAGCAGCUUUCCCACAUUCAUUGAAGAAGUGUCAUGAAGAACCUCUUCAGAAACAUGGAACUGACCCUGAGAUGAAAGCCAUAUUUAAUGAAGCUAAUAAUAUUCGGCAUGACAUUCACCUAAUUCUUUUGGAUGUGAAGCAUUUUGAAGAGCAGAACUCUCAUGCUUGGAAUGAGCAGCAAAAUUUUAUUCUAGACACUAAUUCCAUUGCUGCUAACAUUAAGUCCCGUGCUAAAGACGUGCUUGCACGUCUUCGCACCAUGGACAUGCGUGCUAGUGAGCUAGAGAAAAGCCAUGGGAUCAGAAGUGCCCUUUCUCGAAUUGCACGAACACAGUAUGCUGGUUUAAGUAGCAGCUUCCGUGAUGUGAUGAUGGAAUACAACAAAGCUGAGAUGAGCCACAGAGAAAUGUGCAAAAUGUUUAUCCAGAGGCAGAUGGAGAUUGUGGGGCGAGAGGUGACUGGUGAAGAGAUUGAGGAAAUGCUAAUUAAUGACCAGUGGAACAUCUUUAGUGAGGGCCUUGUCACAGAGGGGAAAACCAUACAGUCUGCACUCAGCCAGAUUGAAAACCGACACACGGAGCUACUGGAACUGGAGAGCCGCAUAAGAAGCAUCCACGAAGUGUUUCUAGACAUGGCCAUGCUAGUAGAAGAACAGAACAACAUGAUUGACUACAUACAGACAAAUGUCCAAAAAACUGAUGCAGAUAUAAAGAGUGUGCUGGAUAAGCUUGUAAAGGCCGAGAAAUAUGAUAAAAGCAACCCCUUCAAGAAGCUCUUUUUUAGGAAGCGUUAAUCAACUGUGUAUCAUCUUUGUACUUUGUACACUGCCUUUAAGAUUUUUUUGUGUACUACUUAAAAGAUGAAUUUUUAUAACAGAUAAUAUUGUAAUUUUAAAAGUUGGAUAAAAUGGACACAUUAACUGUUACUAAGUUCUAACAUUGAUGGGUUUGUCUUAUGAGUAACACCAUUUUUAUAUGUUAAGCUGUAUCAAAAAAAGUUUUCCUCCCAAAGAUUUGACUAUGUAGGUAUGAAUAUUGGAGGUAAAAAAUAAACAACAAAUGUUUAA